AUGGCGACGCCGCCGCUGCUGCUGCUACUGCUGCUAUUCGGCAGCGGGGACCAUCACAGUUCGCUGCCGGAGCCCUCUCUGAGGGAGCCCUAUGACCUCCUGUUCACGAGUGGCGUGCGGCACUACCUCCGGGCAGACUGGGAACAGGCAGCUGCGAUGUUGGAACGCUCCCUGCUCGGCCGCUCGGCCGUGCGCCGCCUACUAGCUCACUGCCGCCGCCUGUGUCAGGGACCGCACUCCCAGCAUGGAGGAGGCUUGUUUGCCGAGCUCCAGGGCAAAGCCAACUGCUUGGGCAGCUGCCUGGCACCGAGCCUGCACUCCCCGGGCACCCGGCACAGGGUCAGCCAGCAAAUUCGCGAUGCCUUCCACAGCCGAGCAGCCUACAACUACCUGCAGCUCUCCUACUUCAAGAAUAUUAAAGGUUAUAUUGAGGAGUCCCUCUUACAGAAGGAGAUGUUGUAUCUCGCUGUGGAGUCUCUCGGACAUCACUUCAUUGAUCCGGAUUCCUGGACGCCUCGUGAACUAAUUCCGCAUUCGGUUCAAAACAACAGCAGGCCUGUGAACAUGAGCAUCCCGCGUUCACCAAACGGCACAGGUCAGGCUUCAGAUUCUCGACAGAAAUCCGUGCUGGGGCAGGAAGGCAGCAUGGACAAGCUGCGAGCCUCUGCCCCACCUCUGGCCCAUCUGAAGCUGGUGAUGAAUGGAUCCCACCUCCAAGGUACACACCGGGUGGUCUUUGAUGGUGCCCUCACCCACCAGGAGUGUGUCACUCUGCGCAAUGUCGCCCAUACCUUGGCAGCGCUGGGAGAAGAGGAACCUGGAGAUAACUCUGCUCGCCCUCAGAGCACUAACCUUGAGGAACUGAGCAUCAAAACAGUGUUGACGUUGGCCCGUGACUCCUUGGUUGACCCACCCGCUGCCCGCCUGUAUUACCAUGCCAGUGUGCGAGUGCAACGCAUUACACAGCAAUUCUUUACCACUCUGCCUCUUCGUCCAUCCAUCUCCAUCCUGUCCUGUCAUGGUCCAGUGACAGGAGACCAGGAGGCCAGCAGGAGCACAGUGUCAAGGGACCCAUGUCUGCAGGAGCCAGAGGGGGCAGAGUGUUGGAGGGAGUCACUCCAAGGCUCAGCUGGAGACUACAGGGGUUUUCUCUAUCUCAAUGAUGAAUUUGACGGAGGGGAGUUCUACUUCACGGAUCAGGGAGGCAAGAGAGUUUCAGAGGAGAUCUCCCCAAAGUGUGGUCGUCUGGUGGUGUUCCUGUCUGGACAAGAAAAUGCACACUCUGUCCGCCCAGUGACAGAUGGACAGCGCUGUACCCUCACCCUCACCCUCACUGGGAGAGCCCAACAUGAGCAGGAGGAUCAUCCCACGGUGGAGAGUUUAUUGGAGUUGCUGUUCCCAUCAUCAUCUCCCCUCGGAGAGCCUGGAGACUCGCUGGACUCUGCACACCAGGACCAGGAGAGCCCUGGGCAGUUGGGGAGAGCCCAGGAGGAGAGACCCCAAGCCCGGGAGGGGAGACAGCGCCAGCGGAGGGAGAAGCAACCCCGGUGUACAGUUUCUCGUGUCAUCCACGGUUCACGAGUCUGGCCCUCCCUAUCCUUUGCCUUCAAUGGGACAUGCCUAUCCUGCACUAUCUUUGAAAGCCUCCCACAUGUCAAAUGUGUACUCCCGUUCAAAUAGCUGUGUCCAAUCCAAAUUUCCCAGCUCCUGCCUAAUUUUGAUAAAAUUGGCCUUGGCCCAGUUUAGUACUCUUCCCUUAGGACGACUCACUUCUUUAUCUAUGAGUAUUAUAAAACUUACUGAAUUGUGGUCACUGUUCUCAAAGAAAUCCCCCACCGCAACUUCUACCACCUGUACUGGCUCAUUUCCCCUGUACCAUGUUCAAUAUGGCCCCUUCCCUCAUCGGCCUAUUGACAUAUUGCUCUAGAAAACUCUCCUGGACACUUUGUACAAACUCUACCCCAUCCAGACCUCUGACGCUAAGUGUAUCCCAGUCAAUGUUGGGAAAAUUAAAAUCUCCCAUCACCACUACCCUAUUGCCUCUACAUCU